CAUGCGCGGACCCGCUGCAGCGCACCGAGAAGAUGGCGGUCUCUGUGCUGGGCUGGGCGCUGCGGGCCGCUCGGCAGGUUGUCUCCUCACCAUGCACAAGGCAAGUGCGGAGCUACUACGUGGACUGGAGGAUGCUGCGGGACGUCAAGAGAAGGAAACUGGCGUAUGAGUACGCAGACGAGAGGCUGCGGAUCAACGCCAUCCGGAAGAACACCAUCCUUCCCAAGGAGCUGCAGGAAGUGGCUGAUAAAGAGAUUGCUGACUUGCCCCGGGACAGCUGCCCUGUGAGGAUCCGAAAUAGGUGUGUCCUGACAUCCCGCCCUCGGGGGGUGAAGCGGCGUUGGAGGCUCAGCAGAAUUGUUUUCCGCCAUUUUGCUGACCAUGCUCAGAUGUCUGGGAUACAGAGGGCUAUGUGGUAGAUCACUGCAUGGAUAUACAUUCAGGCAGAAAACACAAAACAGGCUCAGUUUGUGUGUUCGAGUAAUUGAAACAAGACUGUCCUAGAAGUCCAGCAUCAACAUCAAACUAAUAAGGGAGGGAUGAGAAGCCAUGCUGAUUCAUUAAACUCUCUUACUGGAUUGUGAUUGGUAUCGGCUAACUGACAAGAAGCAGCAUAACUGCACUAAGCUGGUCUGUAUGAGAGGCAGUUUUAUUUUGGGGGUGGGGGGAAGUCACCAAUUGUUGCAGAACUAAGCUGAAGUUUGUCAGAAAUAAAGACAUACAGCACAAG